AUUCCACCACGUAGUUUAAGAUUGGCGCCAAUAUGCGAAGAGGUCCCUUGCAGCGUUAAAUCUUGGUUGAUCAUUAUUUUUCAGAUGGAAUUUUUCCGUAAAAAAAUACUUUUCACGGUUGUCGGGACAUUAACCUUUUGUGCGAAAUUUUGAUCAUGAAUAUAGUACCUUCGUCUAAUAAUUCUGGAAACAACGUUGAGGAAGAAAAUGAGAAAGACAAAAUUUCGUAUCUCAUUCGAAAGCUGCCUGUUCUGGGAAACUUGUUUCACAUACACGGUAAAAUCGGCGAAGGGACAUUCAGCUCUGUAUUUUUAGCUACUUUGAAGUCGUCCACAAACCAGCGUAAAUUUGCCAUCAAACAUCUAGUGCCUACGUGUCAUCCGGGGAGAAUUGAACGCGAGCUACAAUGUUUGCAGGACAUAGGAGGUACCGAUUACGUUGUCGAGUUGGACUUGUGUCUCCGGAGUGCAGAAUGCAUUGUGUUUGUAAUGCCGUAUAUGAAGCAUGAUAGGUUUGCUGAAUAUGUUCACGACAUGACGGUCGAUGAGACUAGAAGCUAUAUGAAAGCGCUGCUGGUUGCUCUACGGCGAGUUCAUAAGUUUAAUAUUAUACACCGGGAUGUAAAACCCAGUAAUUUUCUCUACAAUCGUGUUAUGAAACAGUAUCGUCUGGUCGAUUUUGGGCUAGCGCAGCAGUAUACUGCUGAAAGUAACACAAAUAGUCAGGCCAAGACACAUGUCAUUGAAUCUCAGUCAGGAAAAAGAAAAAGAGGCGAUGUGAAUGACAAGACGGGUCCUAUCAAAAAUACCGGCAUGCCUAUAGACGCGCAAUGCGUAUGCUAUGGAAAACCUCUAAUAUGUUCAAUCUGCCUAUCAAAAUCUGCUCAAACUGCUCCUCGUGCUGGUACACCUGGAUUUAGAGCACCAGAGGUGCUACUCAAGUUUCCUUCGCAAACGUCAGCAAUUGAUAUUUGGGCCAGUGGCGUCAUAAUGCUUUGCAUUCUGAGCGGAACUCACCCCUUUUUUCGUUCGCCAGAUGAUUGCACAGCCUUGGCUGAGAUAACAACAAUCUUUGGUUCGACCAAAAUGCAACAAUGUGCCAAAAAAUUGGGUAGAAAACUUACAUUUAGCGAAAACAUACCUGGAAUUGAUAUUAAGUUGCUUUGCCAAAAAUUACAAAAGAGAAAUAGCCUUCAUCGAGAGGAAGAUCCCAACACUAGUUGUAGUAACAAGAAUAAGGAAAAAAUUGAUACUGCUUAUCCCUCAGCAGCAUAUGAUUUAUUAAUUAGACUGCUCGAUCCAGAUCACUGUACAAGAAUAACUGCGGAAGAAGCGAUAAAUCAUUCUUUUCUCACAGACUAACCAUUUGUAUAAUUACUUACGUGUUUCGUCAAAGAUUCAUUCCUGUAAGUAGUGUUAUCUGAUUUUGAACAACGAACAUGUAAUGCAUUUCAAUAAUCCAUGAAAUGGUACUCUAGUCGCCUGAGAGUUACAGUGAUCAAGUGUGAUUUAUACGAUCUGUAAAGUUCAUCUGAUAACACGUGCCUUGUAAAACAUAAAUACAAUUACGAUGUGUUUGCUUGUUCAAAUAAUGUAUAUAGAGAAUAUUGUUAUAUUUAUUAUAAAUAUAUAAUUAUUGACUUCUAUCAUGUAUGAUUUAAAUC